CUCCGCCGCCUGCGGCCAUCCCUUCUGCGCCGAUUGCUGGAAAACCUACGUCGCGGCGGCGAUCGACGACGGCGCCGGAUGCCUGACGCUGCGGUGUCCGGAGCCUGGCUGCGGCGUCGCCGUAGGCGUAGAUCUGAUCGAAUCGCUGGCCUCCACCGACGGCAAGGAGAAGUACCAUAGAUAUCUCCGCCAAUCCUACGUGGAGGCCAGCCGCCGGAGAAAGUGGUGCCCCGCCCCGGGAUGCAAUUUCGCCGUCGAAUUCGACGAAGGCGGAGGCGGCGGAGGCUACGAUGUGACGUGCGGCUGCUCUCACAAAUUCUGCUGGAACUGCGGGGAAGAGCACCACCGCCCCGUCGGCUGCGAGACGGUGGCGAGCUGGUCGGAGAAGAACAAUUCGGAGGCGGAGAACACGCAGUGGAUCCUCGCCUACACCAAACCCUGCCCCAAAUGCCGCCGCUCCAUCGAGAAAAACCAAGGCUGCAAUUGGAUGACAUGUCGCCCCCCUGCGGAUUCCGAUUCUGCUGGCUCUGCGGCCAGGACUCGAGGUUCCACUCCCGCUGCAACAAAUACGGCGGCCCCGCCGCCGGCUAUGAAAAGAAUGCUAAGAGAGAGAAGGCGAGGAAGGAUCUGCAGAGAUACACGCAUUACUACGAGCGGUGGCACGCCAACGAGCAGUCGAGGAAGGCGGCCGUGAAGGAUCUGAAGACGUGGAGAGACGACGACGGCGUCUCUAAGCUCGGCGAGGCGCAAGCGGAGGCGCCGGCGCAGCUGCAGUUCGUGACAAAGGCGUGGGAGCAGAUUGCGGAGUGCCGGCGCGUGCUGAAAUGGAGCUACGCCUAUGGUUACUACAUGGAGAGGGAGGCGCCGAAGAAGGUGGCGUUGUUCGAGCAUUCGCAGGGGGAGGCGGAGAAGCAGCUGGAGCGGCUUCACCACUGCGUGGAGAAGGAGAUGGGGGAGUACCUCCGGCGACCGAGGGAGGAUUUCCAGGAAUUUAGGGUUAGGGUUGUUGAUCUGACUGUGGUGACCGGGAAUUAUUUUGAGAAUUUGGUGAGGGAUUUGGAGAAUAAUCGAGCGGAAGUUGUGGGCGGCCGCCGCCGGAAUGGUUUGGAGAAGAAGAAGAAGAAGGAUGACGAUGAGAGGAAGGGUUUGGAGAAGAAGAGAAAGAAGAAGGAUGAUGAUGAGAGGAAUGUUCCUAGGAAAAGAGCAACUUAUGCUUUUAGGUUUUCUCGUAAUUAA